AUGAAUGAAGAUCUCUGGCUGGCACGACAAGCCGAGGAAAAAGGAAAACCGUUUUAUUUCGUACGUUCUAAGAUAGAAAACGAUAUUAGAAACGACAAGCGAGCCCAUGAGAAAACACAUAACGAAGCUGCUGUGUUGAGAAAAGUGAGAAAAAACAUGGAGUCGAACUUGAAAAGUUUUGACGUGAAGGAUAUUUUUCUUAUCGACAACUACGACAUACAAUCAUAUGAUUUUGCACUUCUAACCACAAAACUUUUUCAAGAUGUUAAUGAGAUGAAACAAGAAGCUUUAGUUUUUUCUCUGGCAUGCCUCUCAAGGGAAGUAAUUGAGGAGAAGAAGAAACGUCUUGAACGAAGAAUCCCAAUAAUAUCUACCUUUGCUGGUAUGAUCGCUAGUGUGGAAAAUAUUUCGUUAAAGAAGGCCUCGGAUUCAAGUGUUCUUUCAGGAGAGAUAAAAUUUUACGGCGAACAGUUCAGAGUCGAUACAGCAUCCUUAAAAGUCGGAGGUGAAGUGUGCGAUCUUUCUGAAGAUGAUAAAGAAGCGCUUGACGCCAAGAUGUACACUCAUGAUAAAACUUUGAAUGAAAACCUGAAGCAGUCGCUGUUCCAUCUGAUAAAUUACAUACCUGUAGUUGGCAACAUUGCACUUGGCAUAAAAUGUGCAUCUUUCUUACAAGAAUGUCUUAAUGAAACUGCUGAACGGGCAGUAGAAAUACAUGGGGUAAUGACAAAAAGUUUAGCAAAGAAAGGCAUGGCAUAG